GCUGGCUGAUGAAUAGGAGCAGCGUGGGAAGUGGUCCCGAGGAGGAGGGGCAGUCCACGUGCCACGUGACCGCUGCCUGGCUUUGAGCUGUGCAGGAGAGCAGGAGCAGAGGAGCAGAGGAGCUCCGGUAGCAUGGAGCCCAGCACCGCCCAGGGGAGGGUGGUGAAGUCCGCAUCAGCAUAUGCCAGCCUGCAGCAGCACGGCUCCGAAGGCGUCCAUGGGAAGUCGUCCCCGGUUGCCGUCUUCGUACCCCGGCCGGAUUACCUGGAGGGGGACGAGGACACGGACCUCAUCAAACCCAAGAAGCUGGUGAAUCCAGUCAAAGCUUCGAAGAGUCACCAGGAGCUUCACCGCGAGCUGCUGAGCAGUUACAAACGAGCGGGGGUCAGUGUGGAAAUGAAGCCCGAGCUGCAGCGGGUGCUGGAGUCCAGGAGGAGAGAUCAGCUGAUCAAACAGAGGAAGGAGGAGGACGAGGCUCGCAGGAAGGUUUCUCCUCUGGAGGCCGAACUGCUGAAGAGACACAAGAAGCUGGAGGAGCUGGAGAGACAGCAGGAGCAGGAAGACCUGAGAGCCCCCGAGUUCGUCAAAGUCAAGGAGAACCUGAGGAGGACGUCUGUUCAGGGCAAAGAGGAGAAGGAGGUGUAGAGGCAGCGGGAGCGGAGACGGCGAGCGUCCAAAGACACAGGUGCCGGCAGCUGGACGGCUGUGAUGCCUCUCGGCAGCUCGGGUCGGUGGUUCUGAAUCAGGACGCUACAGAGCAACACGAGCAAACGACAACUGCCUCUGUGAACAGAUACGUGCGACUAAAGCGAGGAGACAGCAGGAGGCGCUGCUGCACAGAUAGGGAAGGACUCUUGAACCUGUGCUGGUUUGAGUCUGAGGCUACGUCCACACUAAUGCGUUUUCAUUCGUUUUCUCUCCAUUUUGGCCUCCCGUCCUCACCGAGACGCCGUUUUCCCCAAAGGAAAACGCAGCGUUUUCAAAACGCUCUCGAAAACGCACACAUUUGAAGACGGUGCUUUCCCGUCGCAGUGUGGACAGCGAGAAGGGAGACUUUUGAAAACGAUGACACAUGUUAGUCACGUGAUGCAGUCAUGUGACCAGUUAAACUAAGAUAGCGGAGGGCGUUACACAGCAGCUGUUUCGUUUGACAGUCCUAUUAAAGAUGAACAUCAGUCUGCACGCGCUCCAGAGAGCUUUUCUUCACAUUCUUUAAUUCUCACUUGCUUUUGCAACUUUUUACUUUUGUGUUACUCGCAGCAACGACUCCACUUCAUUGUUAGUCCGUUUGAAAAACUCGCUGCUUUUCCUGCGACGUUUCAAAGAGCAGGAAAGUAAAUAAGCGGCAGACAGAAAUGAGGCAGGCCGAAUCUUCUUGCGCUUCAUGCGCAGCACUGGAACGUCAGCGUUUGCAGCUAUUUCAGUGUGGACGCACAACUCUGUGAAAAUGACUGAAAACGCUUGUGUGGACGCGGAGCGUCUUCAGACGAAAACGCCAUUUCUAUCCGGGCCAGUGUGGACGUUGCCUGAGUGUGUUGUUUGCUCUCCUGCACUGAACUUGUGCCUAGGCUCACCUGUGAGACUCUCACAGAUCAGAUACUGUGAUCACUUUGUCCUUCCUCUCUCAUCUUCACCAUGCUAAUCACAUAGAUUGACGAAACACUGACAUGACUACAAACCUUAGUGAGCUUCCUUUAUCUGUGGCACAUUUUACAGUUUCAUUAGAGAUUUAUUAGAGAUUUUAAGCUCUAACUCAGACUCAUGUGAUUCGAGCCUGCGAGCUCCUCUCGGGGAAGCCUUACUUCCUGUGCUCACGGGACUCUGACGGGAUAAUCUUUGUGCAAUUUAGACUUUUACUGUGGAGACGGGGAUUCAAAUUGUACUGUUUGUAUUUGUGUCUUUUAUCGUGUUCAGCCUGACGCCUCUCACGUGUCUGUUGAUCAAUAAAGAACUAACCCUGC